AUUUAGUAAAAUGUCAACAGUUUGUGUUGUAUGUAUUUCAAAUCGUACGAAAUAAAACAAAUAAAUUCAAAAUUUGAACAAAAUACAAAGGGAAACGAGUUGGACACAGGCCACACGAGACGGCAACAAUAACGGGAACAGCAACAGCUACAAGAGCAGGAGCAGAAGCUGGCGUUGCCAGAGGAGGGCAACAGUAGAAACUGGAGUUGCCAGAGGAGAUCAACAGCAACAGCAACAGCAGGAGCUGGCGUUGCCAGAAGAGAACACUAGCACGAGCAGGAACUGGCGUUGCCAGAGACGAGCAACAGCAGGAGCUGCAGCUGGCGUUGCCAGAGAGAGUCAACUGUGGAUGUGUGCGUGCGUGUGUGCGCAUAUGGAGUGCGCGCGUCUAAGGAUCUAAAGUUUGGCAAUAGCUCAGCUUGCCCCACACCCUUAUACCCCACCCCACCACCGCCUGGCACGAUCAACCACUGCAAGCAAUUGCCCUGCUCUGCACACAAUUGCACUUCCAUUUAGAAGGAACAUGAGCAUGUUCUUCAAUCGAAUGCCGCUGCUGAACUGCUUCAGCGGCCCAACCGAGAGCUGCGAAGAGCUGCUGCCAUUGAGCGCCGGCAGCAGCAAGGAGCCGGUCAUCAUCAACGUCUACGAUCUGUUCAGCAUUAAUGAGUAUGUGGUGCCGCUUGGGCUGGGCAUCUUUCACACGGGCGUCCAGGUCUAUGGCACGGAGUAUACAUAUGGCGGACAUAGCUUGUCCAACACGGGCAUCUUUGAGAUGCCGCCGCGCAGCGCCGAACAGGAGCUGGGCGAGCAUUUCCAUUAUCGGCAGAGCAUACAGCUCGGCCAUACGCAUUUCACGCGCGACGAAGUGCAUCGCAUUGUCGAGCAACUGGGCUGGCAAUUUACGGGCAAUAGCUAUCAUCUGACCAACAAUAAUUGCAAUCAUUUCACGGACUCGAUGGCGCGCAUCUUAUGCGGCCGCCAGAUACCCGGCUGGAUCAAUCGGCUGGCCUAUUUCGUUGGCUGUGUGCCCUUCCUGGAGCGCUGUUUGCCGCCCGAGUGGCUUACGCCCAUGUAGCUUAGUGGGCGUGACCCUUGUACGCAUAUCAAUUGUGGGCGGAGACACGGGCACAGGAUGAUACAAAGACAGAGACAGAGACAGAGACAUAAGCCAGCCCAGCCCGCCCGACGAUUAUUAUUAUUAUUUUUGUUGGUUCGGCGAGGGUUGGGUUCGGCUGGACUGGACUGGGCUGGGCUGAGCUGGGUUGGGUUGGUGGGCAGCGCAUCCAGGCGGUGUUUAACGCGUUUUUGUGCGUUGUGUUAACGAGUAUAUCGAUUGCCCCCAUUGGCCAGGCACGUGUGCAUUUACAUAGUUAUUGAAAUACACUUGACAACAUAUACGAUAAAUUCAAUACCACCUAUAUUGAUAGUCUAAAUCUAAUAAAUAGUACUCACGUAAAUUUAACUCAAA